CUGUGCGAGUCUGAGGGUGUGUGAUUUUUUUUUUCUCUCUCUCUCUCUGCCUUCCAUUUAACAUGUUAAGUCAAAUCAGGAAGUGUGAUGCUGUGACAGUACAGAAGGAAGCAGGCACAUAAUGGCACUAUGUCUGCCUCUCGGCCUGGUAACAUGAGAGGCCUCUGGGUGAAGACCCCUCUCCUGCUGCUGCUGCUGCUCUUGACCACUCUGUCUGGCACAGUGUUAUGCCAAAGUGAAGAUUACGAUGAAAAUACAGAGACUGAGGCACCAGAAACCGAUGGCUCAGACCCCGCUGUUGAUACAGAGCCCUCUGAGCCCCCAAGUCUUAAUGAAGCCACAUCACAACCCUACUUUACAGAAGAGUCAGCGGGCGAUGGGGAAGACACUGGUUCAGGAACUCUCCUCCCUGUAGCAGUGGACCCCAGCGCUAUUAUUUCCACCAUCCCACCAGAGGACGAUGAACAGAAUUUGGGUGUCAUCAUCAUCCCGCUCUUUGUGGGGCUGGUGGUCAUAAUCAUUGGCCUGAUAGUUUUAGGCAUUUUCAUCAGCCGCGGACGGAUCAACAAAACAAGAAAUCAAGAGCUAAGAAAAGAAGAUCCAUAUUUGGAUGGAUCCAACACUGAGAAGGUGCCAAUGCCCAUGUUUGAAGAAGACGUACCUUCUGUCCUUGAACUAGAAAUGGAGGAGUUGGACCAAUGGAUGAAAAAAGAUGGAGAAACUGCAGAGGACUCUAAAAAUGCAUGAUUCUAAUUAUGGUUAACAAAGGACGCUCUCCCGGUAUGCAAGGACACACAGUCAACAAUGCAUAGUUGCCAACUUGGAUGUUCUGACCUCUCUACAAUAAUCCAGCUACAUUUGUGACCACAGGAGGUAAUUUGACUGCCAGGAAACAACGUCACACCACUUAGGGGACACUUACAAACAUUUUUUUUUUUCAGUAAAACAUUAAGCAAGAAAAAUUAAUUUUAAAAGUCUCUUUCCCUCCUCCUGAAAGUCCUCAGUGGAGAGCAACGUGCAACAAUUGGACGUGAAUGUGUUAAAUAGUGGCUUUUUUUAUCACAGUGAUCAGUAUUUUGCCUUUCAUGUAUUGUUUCUUUCGUGCUUUGUCUGUUUUUAUUCCUUACUGCCAAUAUUACCGGUAAAAUAUACAGUAUUUUCUGUCUCAUCGAGUCAGCCUGAGGGAAAAGUAUUUUUGUUUAAAAAAAAAAAACAACCCACUGCUGUUGCUACAAAACGUUCCCUGUUUGCUGAUUCAUACUGUUAAAGAGUGCGUGGUCAUCUACAAGUGCAUUAAGUCAAUACUCUUCUCCAGCCCUUCACAGGUAUGACUGCUCGUAGUUUCUGCUGAUGGCUUAUCUUCAGCUCAAAGCCUCUUUGUUAUUUUACACUGUGUGACUCCCUCCAACUGCAGCUUUUAAUGGGGAAAUAUCCUGUUGAGGAUUGUAGGCAUGCAUGACAGAGAAGGCCACUCCUUUUUCAUGCCUGUGCAGAGCCGGUUAGGACUAAUGGAAAAAGAGUUUUUAUUCGGAAACUGAUUGAAAUCUCAGAGUGUGAAAUCAGGAGUCUUCUGUCUGUGAGACGUUUGAUAAAUUACUGCCCGUUGCUCAAACAGCUUUCCAAAAGCUGCUACUGAUAAGAUUUCCAUCGCACCAUAGAUAGUCACUGUCUGGUUGCCAGUUUUGGCUUGUUGAAUCUAAGCAGUCAUUACACUGAUCUAAACGUAAGUGCCACUUUCUGUAAGUGUCAGUUGGUAUUUUGCAGAAUCUUGCACUGUAAAUAUGGGAGUACAGAAUAGCAAAAGAUAAUAUUUUCAUUGAAUGCCUUUUGUAAAUAUUUCAUAUAAGGCUGUAGUAUUUUUAUUUUCCUGAUGAAGCUUUGAAUAAAAUUUCAAUAAAGAAAAUAUCUUGAUAUGUCAGUCCAUCACUUUUGUCCAGAGCAAAAUAUCUCAACUGAUAUUUGACGGCUUGCCAUGUCAUUUAUGUCCAGACAUUCGUGGCCCCUUGAUGAUGGAUCCUAAUGGCUGGUAAUCCUCCGACUUUUUCUCUAGUGUCACCAUGAAUUCGAGCGAAAUGUCUCAACAACAAUUUGAUUAAUUGCAAUUAAAUUCAGUUCAGAUAUUCAAGGUCCUCAGAGGAUGAAUCCUCAUGUCUUUGGUCUUGGAUCCUCUGGCGUUUCUUCUAGCACCA